CUCUUCUUCCGUUACAUCUCAUACCGAAAAUUAGGAGAAAAAAUAUUUUAUUAAAAAAAGAAAGAAAGGAAGAAAGAGAGAGAGAGAGAGAGAUGUGGGAAUCGAUAUUUCUGACGGUGGCAGCGACCGCCGGGAACAACAUCGGAAAAGUUCUUCAGAAAAAGGGCACCGUCAUUCUCCCCCCACUCUCUCUUAAACUCAAGGUGGUAAGAGCAUAUGCUUCUAAUAAACCUUGGCUGAUAGGCUUUCUCAUGGAUAUCUUUGGGGCAUUGUUGAUGUUACGAGCAUUAUCACUAGCUCCAGUUUCUGUGAUUCAACCUGUUUCCGGCUGUGGCCUUGCUAUUCUGUCCGUCUUUUCUCAUUUCUACCUGAAGGAAGUCAUGAAUGUUGUUGAUUGGAUGGGAAUUACAUUAGCUGGCCUUGGCACCAUAGGAGUUGGUGCGGGAGGGGAGGAGCAAAAAGCUUCCUUAAUCUCUAUCUUUCACUUACCCUGGCUAGCAUGUGGCGUUGCAUUUUUGUUUGUGCUCCUGAAUGGAUGGCUACGUAUUUACAGGCGUCAGCGAAGAGAGCAAGAGCUGAUGCAGUCAGAAGUUGUUGAGGAGAUUAUAUAUGGCUUGGAAUCUGGCAUUUUGUUUGGGAUUGCAUCUGUAAUUUCAAAAAUGGGAUUUGUAUUUCUGGAGCAGGGAUUCUCAGCGUUGCUAGUUCCAGUUUGCAUUUCAAUCAGUAUAUGCUGUAGUGGUACAGGCUUUGUUUACCAGACACGUGGUUUGAAGCAUGGGAGAGCAGUUGUCGUGUCGACAUGUGCUGCAGUGGCUUCAAUCGUGACAGGUGUACUUGCUGGUAUGCUUGCUCUUGGAGAGCGAUUGCCUGAAAGUCCAACAUCUCGUGCCUGGCUUUUGCUUGGAUGGUUGCUUAUAGUUACUGGUGUUAUUUUAUUGGUAACUUCAACACGGUUAAUUCGUUUACUUCCUCGGAAGUGGCGACAAGUAGAGAGGAGGCAACCUAGCUCUCUCAGAAAUCGGGAGCCAAGCUCAAACCCUAGUACCAUUAUCCAGACAGCUACAUUGCAUCAUUUGGUAACAUCUCCAUCUAAAGCAAAAGUGUGAUGGAGUUAAGGUGAUAAACAAGAUGAAAAUGUCCAACUUUUAAGUUGUGUUCAAGUAGAAUUUAUACACAUUUGAGUCGAUUAGAGCCGGAUGUUCCAUAGUUCCAUCAUGUAUACAAAAUGUUACCGUUUCCUGAACCAAAACGUAGUCUAUGAGGGUGCAAAGAUAUUAUGACAAAUCUGGGUAUUGUUAUAGAUUGAACCGAGCCAAAUAUAUAUUUUAUGUUCUAGUUGUCAUUUUAA